UAUCUUUAAAGUUGGUCCCAUUGCCUGAGAAAAAUCUAUAAUACCAUUGGCCUAUACACCAGCAAUCAAUUCAUCACACAUACACACACAUUCGUAGUUAUAUAGAGAGAGAGAUUUGUGUAACGAAUGAAGCUUGAAUAGAUUGAUCGAUGAUUCCAACUGGGUUGUUCUCCACUUACUCAGUUUGCAGUGAUGCAGCUGGAAUUGCUGGAAACCUCUUUGCUUUUGUGUUAUUUGUGUCACCCAUACCCACAUUUCAGAGAAUUAUCAGAAACCGGUCCACAGAACAAUUUUCAGGAUUGCCAUAUAUAUAUGCCCUCCUGAACUGCUUGAUAUGCCUCUGGUAUGGCAUGCCCAUCGUUUCUCCUGGCAUUAUUUUGGUUGCUACAGUCAAUUCAGUUGGAGCAAUUUUCCAGUUAGUCUACAUAAGCAUCUUCCUUAUAUAUGCUGAGAAAGCGAAGAAGGUGAAGACAUCGGGACUAUUGCUAGCAGUUUUUGCUCUAUUCUCUAUCAUAGCUUUCUUGAGCAUCAAUGUAUUUGACCCUCGUACUCGACAAAUCUUUGUUGGAUAUUUGACUGUGGCUUCUCUCAUUUCCAUGUUUGCUUCUCCUCUAUUUAUUAUUAAUUUGGUUAUCAAAACAAGAAGCGUUGAGUACAUGCCAUUUUAUCUCUCCCUUUCGACCUUUUUGAUGAGCGUUUCAUUCUUUGUUUAUGGAAUAUUUAAACAUGACCCAUUCAUAUCUGUCCCAAAUGGAAUUGGAAGCAUUCUGGGCAUUGUGCAGUUGGCAUUGUACUAUUAUUAUAGCAAUGAUUCCGGAGAAGGCUCAAGAGAACCUCUGCUAGAAUCUUAUGCAUGAAUGAAAUUGUUGGCAAAAACUUUGAAUUUGCUUUCCGUCGGCUUUCAUGUGGGGAAUUGAGUGUCCUUUUUCUUUUUCAUGGUGAAGGAAAGUUGGGUGUUCAAAAUUGUAAAUUUUGAAGGAAAUUAUAUUGUAAUCAUCGUUGCAUUUAAAUUAUAUGACUUGUAUUUUUGCUUAAAUUCUUAAUAAACGAGUGAUGUAUUGUGCUGCA